UCUCCAUGAUCGUUGAAUUUCGCUUGUAAUCCGUAGGCGACAUAACCAACAAAUCGCAAUUUUUUCAGUUCCGAUCUCGGAGAUUUCAUUGUCGUUAAUUAAUAGUAAUAAUUAGCGAAGUAAAAAUGCCAGACCAUUUGGGAGACGACAUGAGGAAAGUCAAGGGAGAAGAAGAACAGGAAGAAAAAGAGAUCAAGUCGCUUGACGAAGGUGACAUCGCUUUACUCAAGACUUAUGGCCAAGGACAAUAUACAAAAACGAUCAAAACGAUAGAGGAAGAUAUACAAACGAUAAUAAAGCUGGUAAACGAAUUGACGGGUAUCAAAGAAUCUGACACUGGAUUAGCUCCGCCAGCACUCUGGGAUCUUGCCGCCGAUAAGCAAACGCUCCAAAACGAGCAGCCUUUACAAGUAGCAAGAUGCACAAAAAUAAUAAAUGCGGAUUCAGACGACGCAAAGUACAUUAUAAAUGUCAAACAGUUUGCAAAAUUUGUUGUCGAUCUUGCGGACUCUGUUGCUCCCACUGACAUCGAAGAGGGCAUGAGAGUUGGCGUUGAUCGCAACAAGUAUCAGAUCCACAUUCCUCUGCCUCCUAAAAUUGAUUCUACCGUCACAAUGAUGCAAGUAGAGGAAAAACCUGAUGUCACAUACAGCGACGUGGGAGGAUGCAAAGAACAAAUCGAAAAACUUAGAGAAGUCGUAGAAACUCCUCUCCUCCACCCCGAAAAAUUCGUGAACCUUGGAAUCGAGCCACCGAAAGGUGUGUUGCUUUUCGGACCUCCUGGAACUGGCAAAACUUUAUGCGCGCGUGCAGUCGCGAACAGAACUGACGCUUGCUUUAUCCGUGUUAUCGGUUCGGAAUUGGUGCAGAAAUAUGUUGGAGAGGGCGCCCGAAUGGUAAGAGAAUUGUUCGAAAUGGCUCGUAGUAAAAAAGCUUGUCUCAUUUUCUUCGACGAAAUUGACGCCAUUGGAGGAGCGAGGUUCGAUGAUGGUGCAGGCGGUGACAAUGAAGUACAGCGUACAAUGUUGGAACUUAUCAAUCAAUUAGACGGAUUCGAUCCCCGAGGAAACAUCAAAGUUUUGAUGGCGACGAACAGACCGGACACUUUGGACCCGGCGUUGAUGCGACCAGGACGUCUUGAUCGUAAAGUCGAGUUCGGUUUACCGGAUUUGGAAGGUCGAACGCACAUAUUCAAGAUCCACGCUCGUCCGAUGAGCGUCGAGCGUGACAUAAGAUUUGAGUUGUUGGCUCGUCUCUGUCCAAACAGCACCGGAGCCGAGAUCCGUUCGGUCUGUACCGAGGCUGGAAUGUUCGCAAUAAGAGCGAGGCGCAAAGUAGCAACGGAGAAAGAUUUCCUCGAGGCCGUGAAUAAGGUCAUCAAAUCUUACGCGAAAUUCUCUGCUACGCCGAAAUAUAUGACUUACAAUUAAUCUCCUCUCGAUUUGAUAGAGAGAAAGGAAAAACAAAGUUCACAGACUUUGCAAACCGUUAAUUAGACUUUUUUUCGCUUUUAUCUUCCUCGUUUCCGAGGUGCAAUUCGCUGAUUAUCGAAUAAAAUACAUUUUUUUACAGCGACGA